AUGGCAAUCUUCACAUACAACUCCGAAGAGACGCACUACGCUCUUCAUCUGUGUUUCUACCUGGAGUUGUACUUCUUGCAGCUAGCGUCCAUUGGUCGUGACUCUUCGUGUGCUAUCGAUGGAAAUUUGGUUAAAUCGCUUUCAUCAUCUAGUGCGCAUCCAACAUCAGGGGGACCUUAUUCUGGGCGGCCAUGCUUUCAAAACUACAAUACUCUGUCAUGUCGUCAUGGAUAUGCGGUACACGUAGGCUGGCUCAAUCUACUGGGUCAAUUCGCCAUCACCACCGGUAUCAGUUUCGCUUGUGCCAGCUUUUUGUCCACAGUGUGCACGCUCAAGACCGACUUUGUACCUACUUCGCGAACUCAGAUUGGUGUCUGGGCAGCUGCUUUGGUCGUACAGGGUCAGCAAAACUCCCUUCGUUUAAUCUGGUCUCCGUUUGAUGGGCAUGUAGGCUUGAUCAACACGUUCGGCGUACACAUUCUGCAUUACCUGAAUAACGUUUCCGCUCCAACGCACCAGUCAGCCAAAUUCGUCUUUUCCCACUUUAUCGAUGGUACAGAUGGAUGGGGUGAAAGAGCUAGUCAUGCCUACGUCGUGGUUAUUGGUACUCUUAUGGCACAAUACACUCUCACAGAUUCGAUGCUAAUGACGGAAGAGACGCGCAACGCUGCCAUGUCAGGAAGUAUCGGUGGUAUUCUGAGAUCCAAGUUCUUCGCGGUCAUCAGCUCUAAAUGGAAGUCGCCCAUACGAACUACCUUGAGUUUCAUUCCGGGCCUGCUUAGUUUAGCCAGCACAGUCGCGUUCUCAGCGGCUACAUCUAUCGCUACGAUUGGCCUGUAUAUCUCUCACAAUGUACGCGUCGCACUUCGUGUCAUAAACCGAGAAAACUUCGUCCGAGGUCCAUUCCAUCUUGGCUCAUUCUCAUACCCGGUGGCGAUGGCUGCGGUGCUAUGGAUCAUGUUCAUCUCCAUUGCUUUCAUCCUUCCUCAAGUAAACCCCGUGGAUUUGCAAACCUUUGAUUACUCCAUUGUGGCAGUUGGCAUCGUUAUUACCUAUAGUUUCGGGUACUGGUUCCUCAGUGCGAGAAAGUGGUUUGCUGGACCUGUUAAGCAGAUUGCUGCCAGUGUCAUCCCCGUAAUCACUAUCAAUGCUCUAGGACCCGCUGGUCUCAUUGCCAGUGUCGUCGUCGAUUACUCGGACGAGCCCCAUCUUUUACGACUCUCAGAUCGCUUGUUUUACUUCUUUCUUGAGGCGCUGGACGACUUGAAGUCUUGGAGUGCACUUCAAUCGAAUAUGUGCGUCCUUGUCCUGAAUGGCGACCCGAUUACGGUGCUGUUCUUCAAAACGCCGAUUGACCCCGAAAGAUUGACGGUUUCUGAUUCAUCGCACGUUCAUGCUAUGGGCAGAGGGUUGGAUAACAUCGCGGACAUCUCCGUCGUGGACCCGAGACGUAGACAACAGCCUUGA